AUGACGGGCAGCGAAGUACCAGUUAAGGACUCCAUCCACCAAGCCGGCGGCGGCCAGCCAGGCGGUGAGGAACGCACCAUCAAGGAGUUAGCCGCACCAGUCUUGCGGCACCUCGAGAGAAUCUUCAACUGCCACGCAAGUCCCGAGAAGAAGUGGAACAAAUUUCAGAUUGUCACAUUUCUUCAUCAUGUUCAAGCGGACAAAGUCACUGACCCCUCAGGCGACAUCGCAACCAAGGAGGAGUUGGACUUGAGUGGCUUUUUGCAUUACAUGACUUCAGAUGCUACAAAUGCCCUGGGGCCACCCCUAGAUGAGGACAUGAGCUGGCCGCUGAGUAGCUACUUUAUUUCCUCAAGCCAUAACACCUAUUUGACGGGCAACCAGCUGUACAGUAACUCCAGCACGGAUGCUUAUAAGAACGUAUUGCUGCGGGGUUGUCGGUGCAUCGAGAUUGAUGUGUGGGAUGGAGAUGAUUCCGACUCGGAGUCGUCUACGAGUGAGAGCAGCGACGAGGAGUACCAAGAGAAGAAAGCGCUCAAGAAGGCCAGUCGCAAAGAACGUCUGGCAAGAAAGAUUCCUGGGUCCAUCGCAAGUCGAUUAGAGAACACUUCUCUAGGCAAGCGUGCCAAGAAGGACGAGAUUAUGGAGACUGGGACACCUAUUACAAAGGAACCAUCAGCCCCCCAAGCCAUCGCCAUUGAGCCACGAGUACUGCACGGUUACACCUUGACCAAGGAGGUUUCCUUCCGCCAGGUCUGCCAGACCAUCAGGGAGUAUGCGUUUGCCGUUUCGGACCUCCCUCUGAUCGUCAGCCUCGAGGUCCACUGCUCUGCGGAGCAGCAAGAAGCCAUGGUGACGAUCAUGAAAGACGUAUGGACCGACUUCCUGUUACCACAAGCUGAUACCGAUGCCAAAAUCCUACCUCCCCCCGGGGAGCUUCGCAAGAAGAUCCUAGUGAAGGUCAAGUACUCACCACCUGGCGACCCAGCACCCAGCUCGACGACAGCGUCUGACGAAGACCGUCUCCCUGCCGAGGCGCAGGCAUCCAAUAAAACCAGCAAGAAACAAAAGAAACAUUCUAAGAUCAUCCAGGUUUUGUCCGAGUUCGGCAUCUACACCCGCGGCGUGUCGUUCAAGUCCCUUGAUCAACCCGAAGCUGAGAUGCCCACACACGUCUUCUCGCUCUCCGAGAGUACUGUGGAGGAAGUGCACGAGAAGCAAGCGCCAGACCUGUUCAAACACAACCAGAAAUACCUGAUGCGCACGUAUCCAUCCGGCAUGCGCAUCGGCUCGUCUAACCUCGAUCCGCCAGUGUUCUGGCGCAAGGGCAUCCAGAUCGUGGCGCUUAACUGGCAAAAGUGGGACGAGGGCAUGAUGCUUAACGAGGGCAUGUUCGCUGGCACGGGUGGGUACGUCUUGAAGCCCGACGGUUACCGUGGUGGGAAGCCCAUCGCCACAAGCGACGAUGCUCCGGUGACCACAUCGACAGGAACCGUUGUUACGGAGCCACUCGCACCCGCUGAAAUCCUGCACCAGACGCUCAACCUGAGGAUCACUGUUUAUGCUGCCCAGAAUCUGCCGAUGCCUGAAGAGGAUGAUAAGGCUUCUGGCUUCAAUCCGUAUCUCAAGGUUGAGCUCCAUACUGAGCCCCACCACACACACAUGCUCAAAAUGGAGCAAUCGGGUAAGGCGAAGGAGGGCGAAUACAAGGCCAAGACAAAGACCAUGAAGGGCAUCGAACCCGACUGGAAAGGCGAGGUCCUCGAGUUUAAGGGGGUUGAGGGUGUCAAGCCUGAGCUAGCGUUUGUGCGAUUCCUGGUCAAAGAUGAUGAAAUUGGGCGUAACGAUUUGGCGGCCUGGGCGAGCAUCCGACUAGACCGUCUUAGGAGUGGAUACCGGUUCCUUCAGCUGAACAAUAAGGACGGCAUGGCUACAGAGGGCAUCAUACUUGUCAAGAUUGAAAAGUCAUUCUCUUGA